UGGUAGAUGCAGCACGUGUCUAUAAGUGCCGGCUGGAUUUUACAAGCGCUCUCCAGUCCGCUCUAUUCCAAGCGCGCACGCGGCUGAUGAGAAAAGCCUGGUACCGCUUUUAAACGUGUGGAAAGACUGAGCGUGUAGAGAAAAACAUGGAGGAGAAGAAGAGCGAAAUCAAUGGACACGCCGGGCACAAAAGCCCGUUACCAGCGGUCUCGAUAAAAUCAGAAAAGAAAAGCUUUAAAGACCGGUUAAUGGUCUUCUUCAAACGAAACCUCCUAGUGAUCUUGACGGUGUCUGGGGUUCUGGUGGGCGUUGGGCUCGGGAUGAUGGUCCGGAACAUGAACCUAACCCGAGCGCAAAUGACUUACUUCGCCUUCCCCGGAGAGAUGCUGCUGAGGAUGCUCAAGAUGAUCAUCCUUCCUUUAGUGGUUUGCAGUUUGAUCUCUGGCGCUGCGAGUCUGGACACGCGCUCGCUGGGGAAGCUCGGAGGGAUCGCCGUGUCUUACUUUCUGGUGACCACUCUGAUCGCUUCAUCCAUCGGGGUAGCUCUCGCCUUCAUCAUCAAACCCGGCGUGGGAGCAGGAGCGCUGAACACCAACAACUUAGGGCUGGAAGGCGUGAGCUCCAACAAAGAGACAGCAGAUUCGUUUUUAGACCUUGCAAGAAACCUGUUUCCAUCCAACCUGGUGGCCGCAGCUUUCCGCUCAUAUGUCACUGAUUACAAGACAAUUCUUGUUGGAAAUGGAACAAAUGGAACCCUCAACUACCAGAAGGUUCCCUAUGGAACAGAUGCAGAUGGAAUGAAUAUUCUGGGCCUUGUUCUCUUUGCUAUGGUUUUUGGAGUUGCUUUGAGAAAGCUUGGUGCAGAAGGAGAAGAGCUCAUUCGCUUUUUCAAUGCAUUCAAUGAAGCCACCAUGGUACUGGUGUCUUGGAUCAUGUGGUAUGUGCCUUUUGGCAUAAUGUUCUUGGUUGGCAGUAAGAUUGUGGAGAUGGAAGAUGUGGUUCUGCUGGUCUCUAGUCUGGGGAAGUACAUUUUUGCCUCUAUUCUGGGCCACAUCAUCCAUGGUGGCAUCGUCUUACCUCUUAUCUACUUUGGGUUCACUCGUGCAAACCCCUUCAGUUUCCUGUCUGGCCUCAUUACACCUUUCACCACCGCCUUUGCUACCUGCUCCAGCUCAGCGACACUGCCUACGAUGAUGAAGUGUGUGGAGGAGAACAACGGUGUCGACAAACGAAUCAGUCGGUUCAUUUUACCGAUUGGAGCCACUGUCAACAUGGACGGAGCAGCCAUUUUCCAGUGCGUUGCGGCUGUGUUUAUUGCCCAGCUCAACAACGUUGAACUGAACGCAGGCCAGAUCUUCACAAUCCUGGUGACAGCCACUGCCUCCAGUGUGGGAGCAGCAGGUAUUCCAGCUGGAGGCAUCAUCACCAUCGCUAUCAUUCUGGAGGCCAUAGGUCUGCCCACCCAUGACCUGUCACUCAUGUUGGCUGUGGACUGGAUUGUAGACCGAACCACUACUGUUGUGAACGUGGAGGGGGAUGCACUCGGUGCUGGCAUUCUUCACCACAUCAAUGAGCAAGAGAUGAAGAAACAAAGAGAACAGGAACAGCAUCAAGAGGAGCAGGAACUGCAGGAGGUGAAGGUGGAGGUGGUGGCUAAUGUCAAAGCAGAAGAGGAGACCUCCCCUCUCGUCACACACCAGAACCAAGGAGACAGUUCCUCACAUGAAACACUCGACAAGGACGGUGUGGAGUCUGUGCUGUAAAGUGCCGACUGUGGUCUCUUCUCUUUCUUCUUCACUCUUUCUCUAUCUCACUCCUUUAAAAACCACUAUAGACAUGAUGUUGCCACUAGUAUGAAGUUUACGUCAAGCAUAAAGUUUAUUCAGAUCUAUGAGUGGAACACUAAUGGUCAGUUUGCUCUUUUACAUUUAGUACUUUACAGGACAGGUUCUGUUAUGAUAAUCUUAUCCAGUUGUGCCAAAAUUAUUUCAUAUUGUCAUUUUUGUGUUUGGGAACAUGACCCAGAUGAUGUGCAAAGUCUAAAAGUGUAACAUUUCCACUCUGCGAGCAGAUAUUUGGUAAAGAGAUGGAUAGUAAUGAAAAUCAUUCACAGACUGACCUCUUGCUCUGUUUGUUUGCUAUAUUUUAACUGACUGUGUGAAACAUUAACUAUUUUGAAGAUAGACCGGAAAGUAUUUGCUGUAAAUAUUUGUGUGCCUAAUGGCAAAUCCUGUUGCAUUGUGGUAUUGUCCGUUGAUUUAUUGGGGACUAUAUCAAAACUGUGCAUGUGUGCUUGUGAAGUAGGCCUACUCUUGGGAAUUCUAGCAGAUUCCGAGCUUGUGCUUUAUGGUUUUAGUACUUUCAAAUCUGGUGAACUUUAAAUUUCAAGUGAACAUCAAGCUCACCGUGUCCCAAUGUGCAUACUAUCCACCCUAUCUGCCCUAAAU